UAAGUGGCGGUUCGAGUGGAUUUUCAUAUACUGUAUUGCAAAGUUUGUUUACUCAUCGAGAUAUCUUGUAGCAUAAAUAUCACUGACUUUCGGUAAAGCCAAAGAUAUAAUGCUUGUAGUAAAUUUGGUAAUAAUAUGAAAUGUCGGAAUUAAGAGAAAGACGACCUAGAGGAAGACGAAAAGUUCGCUUUGAAGAAGUUCUCCCAUCGACAGAUCUGCCACCUUUAGUUCAAGGUGAUUUGCGAUGUUUUUUGGUUGUUGAUAUAGGAAAGAUUGUUUGGUCAUCAACAGCUACUGCUCAAGUACCACCCGCAUCACCUGCCUAUGUUCGCCUACGUUGGUGGGGAGAAACAUCCGAUGGAACUCUGUUCAAGCCGGCUUCUUCCAAGAAUCCCAGACCUGUUAAAUGCAGAUGUCGAUUUGGUGUGAGAUCAGGAGCUAAGCAGAUGUGUGCUUAUUUUGUGGAUAUGGGAAGCAUUGUACUGGAAGUUUUAACAAGCCCGAAGAGCGUUCCUUUAGGAAGAAUUCAGAUUCCUAAAGUUGCUUCAUUGUCUUCUUCCAAUCCAAUCCAUGACUAUUUCCCCAUAAUAUCUCCGUCUUCUCGUAAAAUUGGAGAAUUGCAUAUACAUAUUCGAUUUAAACCAUUGGAAGAUAUUUAUGAACCCGUAACAGAAACAGGAACGGAUACUUCAAUGUCUUCAAGGUCACGCCCCCCGAGUGAAAUUGGUCGCAGGAGUAGAUCAAGAGGAUCAAGCGUUGGUUCAAGGUCAAAUCGUGGAUCAGCAAGGUCACGAAGCAGUAGCACAGGAAGUCGUAAAACUGGAAAACAAAGAAAAAGAUCAACUUCAAGAAAAAAAAGUCGGCGACGAAGUCAAUCUACUGAAUCAAACGCUUCUUCUGUUGCUUCUAAAAAGUCGCUUUCUAUUAAAAAAGGUUCAACAAUAGAUUCUUCCACACCAAGAGGCAUUGAUGAUUUGUUAAAACAGAAUGGACAUGAUUUUUAUGGAACAGAAAAUAUUCCACAAAAGAAAUCAAGCAUGAAAUCAGUACAUGUGGACCAAAACAGGAAUGAAAAUCAACAGAAAGUUGAUGUGACACCACAAACACAGGAUGCCAUAAGUGCUCUGUUACAAAGAGGAAAUAGAUUAAGAGAAGACAUGUUACAAAGUCAACUUGAUCCUGACUCAGUCAACAAACCAAGGUUUAAUUCAUUGGAAAAUUUCACUGAAGCUCCAACAAUGAUCAAACCAGCAGAACACAUGAAGCGAAAUAUGACUUCAGAAUAUCCUAAUUUUGAACCUACAACACAAAAAGCAACUGAACCAGCUUUUCCAGUCUCUCAAAAUCUAAAACCGAUGAAAAUGACUCCUGUUAAAGAGCAACGACAAGAUCUCGACAUGAGAUUUGUGAAUCUUGUGUUCGGCUCUCAAGAGUUCAAUGGAGUUCAAUCCACCAUGUUUUCUGGAUUUGACUCCCACACAGGGUCACCGCUGAGCAGUAUGAUUUCUGAGUUAGAAGAUAAUCCUCUCUAUGACGAUUCAUUACUUCAACAAAUGUUUUAUAAUAACAAUGGGGUUAAUUAUCCAUCUAGCAGUACAAAACAACUAACUGAUAGGAUGAGAGAAAUAGAACAAGAAAAACAACAUGAAAUAAAUGAAACUGAACAAUUGCAAAGUCAACCAAAGCAGAUUCGCUUUGAUAUUGAUAAAUCACCUAAAAAAUCAAAUCGAGAAUUUGAAGAUCUUGCGAAUCAUAUCAGAGGAGUUACAGUCAAUAGACUGCAAGAUUUAUCAAAAGUUUAUCAAGUUCGAAUCAUCAUUGAAACUUUAUCUCUUGAUCAACUUGAUGUUCUUGCUUCGAACAAAUCGAAACUCAAAAAAGGUCGUGGAAAAGGAUCAAAACCUCCUGUUCCAUCACCUAAAGGGAAACGAAGAAAUGGAACUUAUUUUGUGGAAUUUCGAUUUCCUGAGGCAUCAAAUCUUCAACGUGAUCAUCCGUCGUCAAUGACAACUUCACACGAUGUCACUAGAGUUGCAUCAAGGAAGCUUGUUGAUGCAGAUGGCACGAUUAUUGUCUUUGAUGAAUGUUGUGACUUCCAACUCCAUUUUAAUGAAAAAUAUUUGCAGCAAUGGAUGAAAGAAAAUUUGGAAUUCUUUGUCUUCUGUCGAAAACCUUCAGACAAAAAGGCUUCACCGGUUGGUUCUGCAUCUCUCCCGCUCAAGAAUCUCAUAACAUCAACUGAAGUAGACUUUACUUAUGAAUUAAAUGUGAAAGACAAUUUAAAAUCAUGCGGAACCUUGAAAGUUUCUAUCGAAUUGGUUGGAGAUUGGAGAAAGCCAGAGAUUGUUCAGAAUAAACAAGAAAGCAAUAUCGUGCCUGACAAUGUAAAUGAAUUAUCUAUUCCAGAUACUGUCAUAAAGCAGAAUCUACAUGAACAAGAUGCAACCACAGCUGAGGUUCAAGAAUCAUCUAUUGCAAUUUCACCUUCAACCUCCUUGUUAUAUAUGAUGCUCAUGGUACAAGAAGGGACAAAUAUACCAGGGACAACUGUAAUUUCACCAACUGAUGGUACCAGCUCUUAUCCACCCAAUGUCUCCCUCGUGUGUCGAUCUUUGACUUCUGGUGAAAGUGAGAAGACACCUGUGGUUUGGGGACAAACAAAUCCCAAAUUUAAUUUUGUGCAGAUUUCACCACUGAAGCUCGACAAUGCCCUCCUCACAAGAAUGCAAAACAAUUUUGUUAUUGUUGAAGUUUGGACAAAAAUAACAUCAACAAAACCUCAUUCUGAUAAACUACUUGGACUUGUGAAAUUGUCGACUCAUCAUUUUUACCAAAGCCUAAAAGAUGAAGAAAUUACAAGAGUUGUUCUCAAGUCACAACAUCCACUGAUCUCUGUUGAUGAACCUGUACCUAUCAUAGAUCUUUUCACUGGACAAGAACGUGGACAUUUGCAAGUAACUCUGGCGUUAGGAACUCAGCUGCAGGUUUCAUCAUUGCGAAAAAUAAAAAAUGAUUUACAAGACAAGAGAGUCAAAGUGCACCAUCUUGAGGAUACAAAUGAUUCAAAGUCAAGCCACAAGAUGGCUGGUCCUGUUCAACACACAUUUGAAGUGAAUGUAGUAAGAAUAAAUGGAUUCAAACCAGCUGACAAUCAGGUGUGGGGAGAAACAGACUGUUUCAUACAAUAUCAAUUCCCAACUCAGAAAAGUUCACAAGAAUCUUCAGAUGAUCAGGCGGAUGAUGAUAGCAAUGAACAACCAAAUCUGGCAUCUAUGCAUAACUAUCGUACUGAUGCAACUCUUUGCAUUCCUGAUCCAUCAUUUAAUGAUUCGAGGCGACAUACAUUCCAUCCACCACCUUCUGUUCCUCUCCAGCGAAUUUUACUGUCAUGUUGCUAUAGCGAUGCACUGAGUGGUGGUAUCCCAUUUGAACUGUGGUCAAGAUAUUAUCAUCCUAAUGUGAGAGAUCAGCUACUAGCAAAAGGUACUCUUCCAAUUGCAAAAGUCAGUGCUCUUGUUUCUAUGACAACCAAAAGAGUCUCUGAGCAGACUUUUCAUAUUCCGUUGGAGUUUGUGGAUCCAGAACAUCAAUCAAAUGAUCAAUCAGCAGGAAGAUUGGAAGUCCACAUAAAGUAUAAAGCUUCAGGUACAACACUGGAAUCCAUGCAGUCUCCUGCCAAAUAUACAAAACCAGUUAUCCUCCAGGUGGGGUUGCUGAGAGCAUGUGGUCUCAAAGCAGCAGCAUUCUUAGCUAGUCGUCAUAGCAAUGAUGGUGAUUUGAAGAAUUGUGCAGACAUCGGUGUGAAUACAUAUGUCGAAAUCAAACCAUCGUUUCUUCCUGAUGAGGAAACGAGGAGGUCUCGGAUUGUUACGCAAAGCUUUGUGCCUGAAUAUCAACACCAUUUAGAAAUUGCUUGUCCUCUUGUGUCAUUUCAUCAAGAUAUAACACCUAUAUCUCUGGCUGAGUUGAUGAUAUCAGGAGAAAUUGAAUUCUCAGUUUGGCACAGGCCAGAAGAUCCUGAAGAAGGGAAAUGUGUUGAUACAUUACUUUGUAGUCUAGCUGUACCAAUGAGAAGUUUAUUGCAUAAGACAACAGGUUUGCAUUCUUGGUUUGCUCUUAAACCUGCCGAGCGACAUCGUAGCCAUGGCGACAAGUCUGUAACAGUUGGUGGAUUGGAAAUUUCAAUCAACUUCAGUUGUCAAAAUGAUCUUGACCUGAUAGUAAAAGCAGCAAAAGCAAAUAAAUGGAUUCUACCUCAUUUUGAAACAAAACUUUUGAAUGAUAACGUAAAUGAUGAUGUUACUGGAACUGAUUGCGUCACAUUUGCCGUUACGGUAACAAAUGCAUGGAUUCCCCAAAACGAAAUAUUACUUCACGGUCGAACGAGUAUCGAUAGAAAUGCGAACGUCUACCUCAGAUAUAAAUUUUUUGAUCACGAUUCGGUUACAUCAUCAUUGAGUCCGUUAAGCUCGAAACAACCACAUUCUAUUGGUGCAAGGUUUGAGAAUUUGACUUCAGCGCGGAUCGCUCACAAAAAAUCAUUUGUCUGUAAAAGGUCACGCCCUUUGAACUGGUAUUUACGUGAAGAAAAAUUGGAGCUACAAAUUUGGUUGACCCAUACGAAAGGGGCGAAGAAAUCAAGACCGCUAGAUUCGGAUAAAUUUUUGGGUUCGUGUUUUAUAGAUUUGUGUACUAUAGCGGAUUUACAGCGUGAGCAACAUAUUAGUGGAUCUUUCGAUUUAUUUAAAGCUGGCAUAGAUGAUCUUGGAUCUGGACAAAUGAGAGUUUAUAUCAGUACCAGGCCUGGGGACGUUGUUGACCCUAUUCCAGACCUCAUUAAAAGGCAAAGCAUUUCAGAGGAUGAUUGUGAACAGUUGUCUGAUGUAGAGAAUAUUGUUCCACCCGUUCCAGAGAGGCAAAAUAAUGAUACCGUGUUUUCUGCUAACGUCACAAUUGAAAGAGCAAUGCAUUUGCCACAAGUUGGCGAUCUUGAGACUGAUUCAAUGAGAGAACCGAAUUGUUUUGUUUCAUAUGAUGUUGUUGAUGAAUCGUACAGUUCAAAUACUUCUGAAGGUUUAAAAAUGAUUACCAUGGCAACGAAAGUUUCUUUGGGUGCAUCAUCACCCUGUUGGAAUGAGAGCAGGGAAGUUGUUUUAUCAAAACAACUUUUAACAGGAUCUGAUGGAGCUUUGCUUUUAAAAGUAUGGCAUCGAGAUCGAAUGUAUUUGAUAACGGAAAACGAAGAAUCUGGUGAUCCGAAAACUGCUGAUGCAGCAGAAAUAACAACAGAGUUAUUGGUUACCGAUAGAAUGCUUGGGUUUGCAACCGUCGACUUGUCCGUUCUCAGAGCUGGAUUCAGAGAUGUCAAUGGGUGGUACAAUGUUCUGGAUAUACAUGGACAGUGUCAGGGACAAUUAAAAGUAGCUGUCACCCCGUCUACGUCUUUUGCAUUGACCCAACCAGAUACAGCAAGAUCCAAUAUAUCAAGUCAAAAAAGUCAUUUUCCUACGUCCACAACUUUGUCUACUUUGAGUACAAAAGGGGUUAAUUUUUUACACCAAGCACCAAUAGACGUACCAGUGCAAACACCUUCUGGGAGUAUGUAUUUUCCUGGUUUACAAAGUUCUGCACAAACAGUUGGAACAACUUGUAAGAUGACAGAUUCUGAGGAAAACAAAUUUCUGAAAAAACGUGACAAACUUUCAACAAAGUUUUCUCAGGAUUUUACUCAAAAUUUAAGUUUUCAUCAAGGUCCCUCAGCGUCUAUGUUUAGAUAUACAAGUUCAGAUAGGCAGCAAGCUUGUCUUGUCAAUACUUUAGAAAAACAGAUCAAAGAAUUGGAAGAAAUAAAAACGAGGUUCGAAAACAGAAGAGCGGCUGGUUUUACACAAAACGCUUCACCUUUUGUGGACAAACAUGAAGAAACGCAACCUAAAGUUCAAAGCGACAAUAUAAAUUCGAAUCCAACUAUGGUAAAUCAAUUGUUUAACGAUCAGAGUAUUCCUGUAACUUCUGGAAUAGGCAAUUUCUCUCCACCUAAUGCUGAAUUCCCAUUAUGUAUGUCUUCAACAGAUAUGCCUAAUCCACGAGGAGAAACAAUUCUUACGUUACAUCCGAAUAGAACAGAAAGUUUUGAUGCAUUACCUGAUUUGGAAAUUGUUCGUCAAAGCAAAUCAAAAUCGGAAAUUUCAUCUGAGAGUUCAAAGUCAACAAUUUCAAGCCGUUCAACAUCUGAUAUUAAUAAAGAAAAUCAGCGUGAUGAUUUGGACGAAACACAGAGAAAAACUGUUCAUUUAUCUCUUUACGAACCUCAAAAAACGCAUCAAUUUGAUGAGCGAGCUCUGAGUGACAAUGAAGCAAAUCCAGAUGUUGAGUUUGUUCAGCCGAGAAGUUUAAAUGAAAGCAUGUGCAGCGAUUUUCAACCCAAGUCAUUAGAACAGAAAGAAAAUCGUGAAAUUUCUUCUCCACGAUUCGAAUCAUCUUCCAAAAAGCCUCCCCAUAAAGCGUUAGCCUCUCAAGGAACUCAUUUUUUCCAACCAGAGCCGUCGGCUUUAACUCCAGCACGUUCUGAAGGCCGUAGUGUGUUAGAUGAAACAAGUUUAUGGCUGUCAGGGUCAACUUUACGCAUCAGCGGUUUCAGUUCAGAUGAUGACGAUCAAGAUCACUCUAUAAAACCUCGAUCAAAAAAUGGAAAGCAUGAACCUAAUAAAAAGAAUUCUACUGAAAUUUCUCCUCAACUUGAGGAUGCUACUCAACAUGAUACAUUUACUCUUUCUGAUGGUAGUCAAACUCAAAUUCAAACUAUGGUUUCACUGAGUGACUCUGAGAAAGAAUCUACUCCAGUUGAGCAUGUUACUCAAAUUGAAAAUAUAGUUCCAAAGUCGUCUUCAGAACAUGACUCAGAAAGUAGCAGUGACAGAGAUCAAUCAGGUUCAGAUCAAGAAGAUGAACAACGCGAUGAGAAUUUCGUUCCAUUUCAAUCAGAGAAUGCUUCUAUUCCUAACGAAACAGAAGAUCAUUUCAUAAAUGAAGAAAAAUUAGAUGAUGACAAAGAAAAACCUGAUAAAAAGCCAAGUCCUAAUUACUCUGACCUAAAUGAAAAUGAAAAAGCUUAUUUUCAGAAUCAAGUGAUUGUCAAUGAAAAUAAUUCUGAUUCUAAACCGAUUGAAUGCGAAAACGAUGAAAAUGUGCCUCCCAAUGUAUGUUCCCAAGAAAAGUCAGCGGGCCAAAAACAACUGUUUCCAAGCUUUUUUCCACCCACGCGAGAUCUUGAGGCUUCAAUGCGAGCUUUACAAGAGGCAACGCUAAAGCAUAAGCAUGAUCUUCUGAAGAAAAAGGAAUGCUCACAAGAUGUUGAUCAAGAAAGUCAACAAAAUACAAUUGAGAAAGGUGCUGCGUCCCCACGCAAAUUGAAAAAAGUUCCGCCAAUGCCAAAAGACUAUUCCGAUGAGAGGACCCAACGAUUAGCUCGUAUUUUUAGAACAAAAUUCUCAUGAUCACAAUAUUGCAAAAAAAUGUUUUAGGUGUUUUUUUUAUCAUACAUAAUAGUAUAUAUGGUAAAAAAUUGCAGCUCGGCGGAAGGGUGAUGUGGCUUCAAAUUUGAAUUGGAUUGGAUUGGAGAAAUUUAAAGUUGAAUUGGAGAUUUAUUGCUAUAGAUCAUGGGUGGCCAACAUAUUUUCAACUGAGAUCGACUAAAAUAUUCGCAAUACGAUGUGAUCGACUGAUAGAUUCACACAUAAAAAUGAAUGAGUACUUUAACAAUUCAUGGCUUGCUAAGUAUUCAAUCGACGUGUCGGCCACCCCUAAUAUAGAUCAAAUACUUCAUUACUCAUCGAUCUCGAUUGGUAAAUAUGUUGAUAGGUAGGCUAUUUGUCUGUUAGACACUUUCGUAUGUUACGCUAUAUCUCACGUAAGCGAGGUUGAUGUCGAGUAAAAUGUUGAACAUGCGGAGGAUCGAUAAGUCGGCAGUCUCCGAUCGCUAUCUAGUUUGUGCCUGUUAUUUAAAUUCUCCAUGUAUAUCGGGUUCUGAUUUCGUAGUGAUAUCUUCAUAUAAAUGGGAGCUAGAUAAAGGGCUUGAGCAUUCCAUAAAUAUACAUUAAAUCUCCCAGCUCGUCAAUGCAACUCUUCCUCUAUACCCCAUCAUGAUAUGUUAAAUGAACCCAACCAGAAAUACCGUAGAUUUCGACUAUGGUGAACUUAUUAUCUUGUGUUUUAAGUUUUGCACCCUGUAUCGGUAGGAGUCUGUAUUUUCGAUAACUUUUGAUAAGGGAAAGUCUCUUCUAUGCUAAAACUUUUUUUUUUCACUUCAAGAAUUUUGUUAUAAUCUGUACUCGUUUAAGAUCAUAAAUUAUUAUGUUAGAUACUUUUUUUUGCUUGUCUUGCUGCUUCUUUUGGAAUUGUGCCAAGUUUUAGGUUUAUUACUCACUUUGUAAGAAUGUUUUCCGUCCUAUUUUACUAUUCAACUUUUCCAUGCUGCUAGUCAGACAGGGUCAUUACAUCUCAUUUCUAUUAGAAACUAAGUUGAAACAUUUAUGUUUCGUCUUCUGCAAAUGUGCUGUUACACUAAAAUCCCCCAGUUGGCAUAGACUUGCAAAUAAGUAUUUUUGUUUUUUUUACUUGGUAGAGCGAUUCAGCAUGCUGUUUUUGAACUUGUGUGGUAUUGCGAAAAUGUUGAAUUAUCUGAAUUCAAAAUAUAUAUAUAUUUUUUUUACUGUG